AUGGCCUCUCAGAUGUCAUGGAGGAAGCCUGAUACUGGACGCUCCAGGUCGGGAUGCGCAAACUGCAAGGCCAAGCACGUCAAAUGUGACGAGGCAAAGCCAAAUUGCAAAGCGUGUCUUUCGCGGGGUGACACAUGUAGUGGUUACCUCAAAGUCUUCAGGUGGUCCAACAAACACGAGAAACUGCCGAAAGGCGACUGGAUGCAGCCACUUCCGGACUGGAAUACGAACUUUUUCGGCUUAUCUGACGAUGCCGUGUGGGAGACUUCCAUCUCUCAACCCAGUAUUGAUGAACAGUUUAGAGAUGUCCAGUGGUGCACUGAUUCAUCUGGUUUUGCCAAUGCCGCUGAUGGUUCAUUUUCAACCAACGUCCUCGGUGGUGUGGAAGGGUUGAAUAUUUUCGACAAUCUAUCUCGAGGCAGUUCAGACCUGGGUCUCUCGCCUCCUCGGCUCGAGGACACUGGCGUCCCCCCACCAUCGUACAUGUUUCAACAUCUCUCAUUGAGUACUGGUUCCACGAGCUCCGAAGCUGUUACUAUCAGUCUUGAAAACAUGUCAGAAGCCCACCUCUCGUCAAAAGUACCCCAUAUGAGACAGACGUCAGUGUCCCUAAUGAAAUCUGCCACAAGAAUCAUCAAGGCCGAACUUCUUAGCUUUCAGCACUCGAACGAGUUCACAUCAGUCCCCACAGGCCUUCUCUUUGCUCUGCUCUGCAUAAGCACUAGCGUCUGCUGGCUCUACCCUGAUCACCUAGGAAACUUACGAGAGGCUAAAGGUCUUCUGCAUCAAAUAAACAGACAGAAACGAAGCCUGUGCGAGAAGGACUUCAAGCUCUUGCAUGCCUUCAACAAAAGCUGGACCUACUACGAUAUGCUUUUAUCCGUGGCCGCCGGGAAUGGCCCGCGAGGUACAAGCGAAAUGGAGAGUGUCGACGACAUCAGCGCCGACGGUUACUCAACUGCCGAACAAACACAGUUGGAUAUCGAUCAGGAAUCACCUCAUCCUUGGACCGGCGUCUCAACUACAAUAUCAAGACUAUUCACUCGAACGAUGAAAGUGUGCCACAACUUUCAUUUCAACGUUAAGCAACACAGUACAAUCACGGCACAUAAUUUAACUACUGCUUUAAAACUCAUUAAGGAAGCAAAGGCCAUCGAGGAGCGAUUGAUACAUCUGGACUUUGAAACCUCUCAGCCGGUCACGCAACGGUUACCCAGCAGCAUCCUGACAGGCCAGGGAAAUACAGGGACAGCCGGGGACGAGUUGGUCAUUCCCUUAGGUCUACGUCUUGUCAAGAUUUUGAAGCAGCUCCCUCCAGACUCCGGCAGCAGGAUGACCCAGCCUCUCCUCUGCAUCACUGCUAGCAUAGGGCCCCGAUUCACCUCUUCAAGCGCUACCCCGACCAUUGAAGCCUGCGAUAUGUCAGAUUACAUCAACUAUCUCUGCCGGGUAGACAAGGAUACUGAGCAACUGAGUUCUGUAACCAGAUCAGAAUUAGAGAUUGACAAUGCGCGACAGUUUCUUCUAUGUCGGCUCAAUGCCCUCGAAAUGGCCCUGCCGCCCUGGCCAGUUGUCGUGGCGAGGAACCUUGUAAAAUCUAUUUGGAACGCAUACGAUAGUAAUCGGCCUGGCGUUAACAAUGUUCAUUGGAUUGAUAUUAUGGAGAGGCAAGGCUUACGUUCCUUAUUUGGAUAA